AUGACUAAAGUUGACGACGGUGCAAUGGUUUUUAUUGGAAACAGUGCAUACGACUGUUGCCAACCAGGUUCAAUACCCUUUGGAAAGGCCGAUGAAGCUGCAAUGUUUUCUUACAAGGAGUGGAACACCCCUUCGUCUGAGUCUAUUUCUUGGGUCUAUUUAGAGGCCCAUUCUUAUUAUCCUAUCAAAAUAGUUUAUGUUAAUGUUAUUAGUGCCGGUGGUAUUGAAUUAUUAGUUACACCUCCUGACUCGGAAACAGUAAAUGUGGGGGAAAUGGUUUUCCAAUUAGUCAAUGAUCCUCAGAAUGUUUGUGAAGUGCAGACCUUUGUUACUGAGUAUUCGUCAGCUACAACGUUUAUAUACUCUGAUGUGAGUCCUACUACAAAAUUUGUUCCAUCAACUACUGUUAUUGACGGCUACACUACCACAGUUAUUGAAAAGCAAAUCUACUAUUCCGAAGCGGCUUCGACCAUUGUUAGUUAUGUUUUUGGCAAUACUGCUUACACUUCUACUUACCGGUCAACCAUGGUUAUUAACACUGAAACAAUUCCUGUUGAUGUUGAAGUUAUUGGUAGUCCAAACUAUUUUAUUUCAACAAUACAAGGAACAAGACAUAAAACCAUCACUAGAACGUCGGACUUUGUGCAAACCUUAAAUGGUGAAACAACAACUAGCUCAAUCAUUAUUAUCGAAUUACCCGUGUUAAAAACUAAGACUAUUCAAUCUGAUGUUCAAGCUGCUUUUACGUCUACAGUGGAGUCAGUCAAAAAUGUUCACGGUGUUGCACAAACUACCUCUGAGGUACUCUUAGUGAUUCCAUCUUUGGUGACGUAUUCAUCAUUUAUUGACGGUAAAAAAACUAGCGUUGAGACAAAAACUACGGUAUUUACGGUUGAUGGCAAGGAAGAAACUGUGACAGGUUGCUUUGUUGGAAUCCCACGUAAACAUAGUCGUUCUUACUGGGAUUACGGGUACACCUCAUAUUACACUUCCACCUAUUUAACUACAGUUACUGGCAAGGUACAAAGUACUGAACUUAUUGUCGAGAAUGCCCCUUCAGUAAGCUAUACUACCAUCGUCGGUGUUUAUGAUAGAGAAACUAAAAUAACUGAAACUCAGACUACUGUUAGAGAUGGAAACACUGCAACGUUUAUUGCUGUUACAGUUGUAAAGCCUGCAAAGACAGUUCUUUCCACUGGUGUUGUACCAACGCAGUAUUUGACAACAAACAAGUCUGUUUACUAUGUGGUUGUUGAAACUAAUGUUCCCACUUUUACAAGUUACUGCGAUUCAAAAAGAUCCAUGUACACCACCUAUAAGGCCGUUGUGAAUGGUGAAUCAACUGGUUGGAAUUAUAUUGUGUAUAUCCCUUCACCAACUACCCAGGUCUCUCAAUGGACCGAAACCUACUCAACUGCAAUCACAAGCACCUUGUAUUAUCAAAAUACCAAGGUUACAGGCUUUCAAGUUAUCGAGUAUGUACCUAAUGUUUUGACUAGUGUGUCCACUUGGACAGGAGCAUCCACAAAGGUUAUUACCGAGGUUGGCUACUCCACAAACUCUUUAAAUGUUGUCAAUAAAUCCACCAUGAAAGUUCUGUAUGUUCCAAGCCUUUCUGGUAGCACUACUACAUGGAAUAAACCAGACACAUCUACAUCUAUAGUCACAACCACCAUCACCGGGCCUGACAAUUUUCCAAUCACUACAACAGAGAAAAUCGUGUAUGUUCCAAGUACAUCAGAAGUUUUCUCUAAACCUGUAAAGUCUAAGAGUACGACAUCACUAUUGUCAUCGUACUCAUCAUCUUCUUUAUCGUCUGCGCCAUUAAUAUCUCUAUCGUCAUUUCCAUCAUUAUCAUUAUCAAAUAGCACAAGAAAUAUUUCCUCCACUAUGCUUAUUUUUACUACAACCACUGGUUAUCGUUAUGCGAAAGCCACUGACUGCUCACCAACUACGAGCUCCACUACAGUGACCAAAACAGGUCCUAACGAUGUUGUUACUAAAUCCAUUAACAUUGUUGUUAAGUCUAUCGACUCAACAUGUUUAAACUCUUCAGGAUUUCCUAGAAAAAGUACUAUUUUUACUGGUAGUACACUACAAACAACUAAUACCAUAACCACCGAGGCCUUCAAUUGCAUUCCUACAACUAUUUUGACUACCACUACGAUUACCGGCUCCGACUUGCUUGUUACGAAAUCAGCAGACAUCAUUAUUGCAACAACUAAAACGAAUUGCCAUAAGACAAACUCAAAAGAAUUUUCAAAGUCAUCACUAACUACUUCAAGCUUUCUAUCAAGCAGUACAGCUGUGUUAAGCACCAUCACAAGUGCGGUUACUAAUUACUAUCAAGCAUCUGACUGUAGGUUUGAAACAUCGGUUUCUAUUUUAUCGGCAGUAACUGGUAACGAUUUUACUGUUACCGAGAUCGAAGAACUCUCCAUUGUUACUCCAAUGUCAACAUGUGGCGUUUAUUUCAGGACAGAUCAAGGGUUUGGGUGCUCUUCAACAAUGUACACGACGGCUAUCGGUACAACUAACUAUGAGGGACAGUACGUCAAUGCAACCUUGGUGAUAUUUGAAACACCAGGGGCAGCAUGUUUCUCUCUAACGUCAUAUCAAUCGCAAUUGACUAUUAAGCCCUCGAAUUCAAUGAUUCCUGCAACUAGUGGCACACUUGAAACUACUAUGACUCUAGGCUCCAGUGAGAAGUCUAGUGCCACAUUAACAAAUGCAGAAUUACCUUCAAGAGAUAGCUUGAAAUCUAUGGUCUUUGUAAGCACGUAUACCACUACUCAAACAAAUAUCUCUUCAGAAAAGAGGGAUGUUCCUUCGAACAUAAAUACAACAGGAAGUUAUAGUAAUCCUUCCGAUGAAGUUGAGACAGAUUAUAGUACAGUUGAAAUAACCGUUCCUUGUACCACAAUAAGGUCGUUGGUUUCAUCUUCUACAACAUCCACAACGGAAUCAGCAUCCAAAGCUUCAAGCAUUCCUCUUACUACUAAUGUUAGAGAAAAAUCUUCAACCUCAGUGCUGUCAUCGACGGUGUCCUUUUCAAAUCCAGGCACCUCAUCUAAUUAUGAUCACAAAGAAACUUCAUCCAACUCAUAUGAUUCUUCAUUGAUUAGUGAAUCUACUACAUUAUUACCUAGUUCACUUUCUAUGCCAAAUGCACCUACUAAAGAAACUGCAGGUGUUACUCAUUCUGCGGAACUGAAAUACUCAACAUCGGAUAAUGUUUUUCCAACCCCAAAGAAUACAGGAAUUCCUGAGCAUUCGUUAAGUUCUGUUUAUCCAACUAGCUCCGGUGUAGUCAGGCAUCCAGGUCAAUUAAAUGUAACUACAUCUACUGUUACUGCAACAUUUUCUGUAACGUCAACCGUUGAACAAAAAAUACAUUCCUCCACCAAUUUGGGUUCUUCUUCCGUGUCUGCAACUCCUACUUAUUGGUCGGAAUCAAUUACUUAUGAAGGCAUUGCAGUUGCUCCAGAAUUGAGCAUUCCAUUAAAGUUUUUACUAUCAUUUAUUGUGCUCUUUGUUUAA